ACAGACAGACAGACAGUCAGACAGACAGACAGACAGACAGACAGGGAACACCUGGACCAAGCAGGGCAUUGAGUUACCCUGAGUAAGAGGAAGCUCUUUUUUUCCUGAGUUUUUACAGCCACUCUCUCUCAGCUCGGCUGCAGAACAAAAGCAGAGGAGUGCAGCUGUGUUGCUGUGAUUUGAGGAGAGCAUGUUUGACUGUAUGGAGGCACUGGGGCUGCUCCCCCGGCCCCUCUUUGAUGUGACCGGCCAGGGCUCCUGCAUGCUGGGGAAGGCCACCCCUUACUUCUCCGGCCUGGACCCCUUCGCCUGGGCCGGGACCAGCAGCGUCCAGUCGGUGGAGACCCAGAGCACCAGUUCAGAGGAGAUGGUGCCCAGCUCUCCUUCUCCUCCUCCUCCUCCUCGGGUCUACAAGCCGUGCUUCGUGUGCCAGGACAAGUCGUCUGGGUAUCACUACGGAGUGAGCUCCUGUGAGGGCUGCAAGGGUUUCUUCAGGCGCAGUAUCCAGAAGAACAUGGUGUACACCUGCCACAGAGACAAGAACUGUCAGAUCAACAAAGUGACCCGCAAUCGCUGCCAGUACUGCCGGCUGCAGAAGUGCUUCGAAGUUGGCAUGUCCAAGGAAGCGGUGCGCAACGACAGGAACAAAAAGAAGAAGGACGUGAAGGAGGAGGUGGUGCUGCCGGAGAACUACGAGCUGAGCGGGGAGCUGGAGGAGCUGGUGAACAAAGUCAGCAAAGCUCACAAGGAGACUUUUCCAUCUCUGAUGCAACUUGGAAAAUACCACACAAACUCAAGUGCUGAACACAGAGUGCAGCUGGACUUGGGCCUGUGGGAUAAGUUCAGUGAGCUCUCCACUAAGUGCAUUAUAAAGAUUGUGGAGUUUGCCAAGCGGCUACCAGGCUUCACCACGCUCACCAUCGCUGACCAGAUCACCCUCCUCAAAUCUGCAUGUCUGGACAUCCUGAUGCUGAGGAUAUGCACCCGUUACACACCAGAGCAGGACACCAUGACCUUCUCCGAUGGCCUGACUCUCAACAGGACACAGAUGCAUAACGCCGGCUUCGGUCCACUCACAGAACUGGUGUUUGCCUUCGCCAGUCAGCUGCUUCCUUUAGAGAUGGACGACACUGAGACGGGGCUGCUUAGCGCCAUUUGCCUGAUCUGUGGAGAUCGUAUGGACCUGGAGGAGCCGGAGAAGGUGGAUAAGCUGCAGGAGCCACUGUUAGAGGCGCUGAAGAUCUACACCCGCCGCAGACGCCCGAACAAGCCUCAUAUGUUUCCGCGCAUGCUGAUGAAAGUUACAGAUCUCAGAGGAAUCAGCACCAAAGGUGCAGAGAGAGCCAUCACACUGAAGACAGAGAUUCCAGGGCCCAUGCCUCCUCUCAUCAGGGAGAUGCUGGAGAACCCCGAACUUUUUGAGGACAGCAGUGAUUCAGGGGACAGCGCAGCCGCAGCUGCACCCCCGGCUGAACCCCCAGCUGCAGCCCCAGCACCCCCCGCCGCUCCCGCCGUUCAAGCCAUCAAGCAAGAGGAAAAAGCCACGUAUGAGUCGGCCGUCGAAGAGGAAGAGGAGGAGGAAGAGGACGACUACUGGGACGAGGAGAAAGAGCGAGGGCUGGACAGUGACGUGGAGCUGUGGGGGGAGGCGGCCGCCAUGAAAGCCGUGACUGGGAAAGCACAGUGAGAGAGACACAGUGACGCUGCUUCCUCCUCCCACCCAGCAACAUCUCAGAGAAAACCUCAUGAUAUCAGGCUCUUAUAUAACAACAUGUGGCAUACAGCACAUAUUUACAUAUACUGUACAUAUACUGGACUGAGAUUAAAAAUGUGUUCAAAUCAGCAGAGGAAACGAAGAAUGGGAGAAGAUAAAGCACUAAAUGUCAGUGGAUGGAGGAGAUCGCCAUUGAAAACUCGCUGUGCCAAAAUGAGACUGUCUAAAAGAUAUUUCAAAAGUGUUUUGUCCACACGGAGAGGAACCAGAGGCGGUGGACAGAAGAAAUGCACUCCUCUAUAAGGGCUAUGCUGUGUAUAAAAUUGAUGGUUAAAUGCAUUGUAGCAACAGAUCUCUACAUGGUGGUGUCCAUGUGCCGCAAAUGUCUUCUCAAAAUUCCUUUUAUUCCUAUUCAGAGAUAUGCUUCUUAUUUUUUUAUUGUAUGGUUUUUUCCUAAGCAUGUUCACAUUUCUGUGUUUUUGUCUUCAUGCCUGUUUGUGGGACUGUUUUUAUAUCUUCACUUACUCCUGCUCAUAUUCGACGCGACUCACAUGUUUUUUAAGCUUAAGGCUCUAAUUUUUUGCAUUUGUGCUUUAGUGGACACGGUAAAAACAGCAAUAGCAAAUAUCAUAGGACGGAGCAAAGCAAGAGCAGGACUCAAACUCACAAUGUGACAAGCACAUUGGUGUGUAAAUAAGUCUUUGAAUCCACGGAAUCAUGUUGAAGAGAAUAAUCCUGUGAUUUCAACUCUGUUGCUUUUGAUCCAAAUAAGAUUUUGAGAAUGCAAAAGAAAUACAGGGACAAAAAUCCGCCUCUCAACAAGAACCAACACUUUGAAUAAAAGGGUAGAUUUCAUGUCAAUCUCAGGUUGAUUGUUUCAGGGUCUCGUCUCACCUGUCGUAAAAAAGUAAGAAUAGUUGGUGGGAAUGCUCUGGCGUAACUUCCCCAUCUUCAAAGGAAAAAUCUUCUUACAUCAAGUAGCAGGAAAGUUGUUGACUCCGAUGUAUUCGCUCUUUGUACAGUAACCAGGUACAGGUAAGCCAUAUGAAUUUCAUUUUGUAAGAAUGGGCAAAUAAAAUUAACUAAACAGACAAAACCCUUAAAAGCUGUUUAAGUCACAGAAAACCUCAGGUGUAUAUCUGU